AUGGUUCACAGCUUGAGGAUUAUUGUGCUUCUCCAAGUGGCAAUGUACAUUGCUGCUACUCCCAUUCCUUCUUUUUGGGGCAAAUUAGUAGCAAAGAAAGGUUACAAAAAAUUGAAUUCAAGCACAAAGGAGACUGCAGAAAGCUCAGGGAGUAAUGUGGAAGAAGCUCCUCUUGAUGAACAAAACAUUGAAAGGAUAAAGUUAAAGGCUUUCCCUGAUCAAAGUAUUGAUGAAGAGGAACUGAAAAAUGUGGGAUGGGAAAUCAAAACUCUUUGUAACCAAGCUCUUUUCAUUCAAAACAGGCCAUCACAUGCCACAAGAAAACAUACCCUUCAAUAG